GGGGGGGGGGCACCCAUGUGCCACCCAGGGCAUGUGGAGGCCAGAGGGCACCUCGCUGGUCUCUCCUCGGUCCCAGGGAUCUAACUCAGGUCAUCAGGCUUGGUGACUAUGUAGUGCCUUAAACCCAGAGUCAUCUCAGCAGCUGUGUGUGUGUGUGUGUGAGAGAGAGAGAGAGAGAGAGAGACAGACAGACAGACAGACAGACAGCUUCUCACUCUGGCACCCACCCCAUAGUAACCCUGCUCCCACAGGUGUCAGGGUUACAAGCUAUGAACCACCAGGUUUAGCCGCUCAGCUUUCAACUGCACUGCCCAGCAUUCAGCCGAAGAGGAAGUGAGGAGGAGACAGCGCCUCACGUGUCUUCUCCAGUUACUCAGCUCAGGGGCCCCUGGGCCCUGCUGUUGGCCUUCCCCCUGUGGCAGUGGCCAUCUGCCUCUUUGUCAGGCUCUGGUUCUUCCUGUCUUAGGCUGGCUGGGCUUGUGGCCCUUGGCUCACCCUUUCCAUGGAAAUCUCGAUCCUGGUGUCACCUGUCCUGAGAAAGAAUUGGGUUUCAACAGUCUUUUGUACAAACUGUCCGUGCGGGUCACUAGUCAGCAGGUUUGCCCACCCAUGCAGCCAUUGUGUCCCUGUGCUUCUGUGAGGCGCUGUGGGGAUGGGGGGGGGGUGCAGGCAUGAAGCACAGCCCUGAUUCUUGUCCUUUGGAUAAUCUCAUGUAUCCUCAGAUACGCUGUGUAGCAGAGGAUUUAGUGACCUUGAACUCUGGUCCUCCCGGCUGCACCUCCCAGGUGCUGGGAUUACUGGUGCAUACCACCAUUGGUUUAUGCAGUGCCCGAGUUAGAACCAGAGGUCCCAUGCAUGGUAGGCCAGCACUCUACCUGCCGAGCUAUAUCCCUAGCCUGUGACUCCAGCUCUUCUUUCCUCCAGUCGGGCCCAACCUUGGACAUGCCGGUCCCUUCCAGCUUCAAUGACAUCACCCAAGAGGCGCGGCUUCGGAACUUUAUUGGCUGGGUGUGGUAUGAACGGGAAGCAAUCCUGCCACAGCGGUGGACCCAAGACCCCGAGAUUCGAGUGGUGCUGAGGAUCAACAGUGCCCAUUAUUAUGCUGUUGUGUGGGUGAAUGGGAUUCAUGUGAUGGAACAUGAGGGGGGUCACCUCCCCUUUGAAGCUGACAUCAGCAAGCUGGUCCAGACUGGGCCGCUGACCACCUGCCGGAUCACGAUCGCCAUCAACAACACACUGACUCCUCAUACCCUGCCACCAGGGUCCAUCGUCUACAAGGCCGAUACCUCCAUGUAUCCCAAGGGUUACUUUGUCCAGGACACAAGCUUUGACUUCUUCAACUAUGCGGGACUGCAUCGGUCCGUGGUCCUCUACACCACCCCCACCACCUACAUCGACGACAUCACUGUGACCACUGAUGUGGAGCAAGAUGUCGGGCUGGUGAAUUACUGGAUUUCCGUCUGCGGCAAUGAUCAUUUUGAGCUAGAAGUGCGUCUUCUGGAUGAGGAUGGCAAAGUCGUGGCCCAGAAAACAGGGCACCAGGGUCAACUUCAGGUGCCUGGUGCCAACCUCUGGUGGCCUUACCUGAUGCAUGAGCAUCCCGCCUACCUGUACUCCUUGGAGGUGAGGAUGACAACCGCUGGGCCUGUGUCUGACUUCUACACCCUCCCUGUUGGGAUUCGAACAGUGGCUGUCACCAAGAGCAAGUUCCUCAUAAAUGGGAAGCCUUUCUAUUUCCAUGGCGUCAACAAGCACGAGGACUCGGAUAUCCGAGGGAAGGGCUUCGACUGGCCGCUGCUGAUGAAGGAUUUCAACCUACUCUACUGGCUUGGCGCCAACUCCUUCCGUACCAGCCACUACCCCUACUCGGAGGAGGUGCUUCAGCUCUGCGAUCGCUACGGGAUUGUGGUCAUUGAUGAGUGCCCCGGUGUGGGCAUCGUACUGCCCCAGAGUUUUGGCAAUGAAUCCCUUCGGCACCACCUCGAGGUGAUGGAGGAGCUGGUGUGCAGGGACAAAAAUCACCCUGCGGUUGUGAUGUGGUCUGUAGCCAAUGAGCCUUCUUCAGCUCUGAAACCUGCUGGGUAUUACUUCAAGACGCUGAUCUCCCACACCAAAGCCCUGGACCCCACCCGUCCCGUGACCUUUGUGACCAACGCCAAAUAUGAUGCAGACCUGGGGGCUCCCUACGUGGACGUGAUCUGUGUGAACAGCUACUUCUCCUGGUAUCACGACUAUGGGCAUCUGGAGGUCAUUCAGCCACAGCUCAAGAGCCAGUUUGAGAACUGGUAUAAGACUCACCAGAAGCCGAUUAUCCAGAGCGAAUAUGGAGCCGAUACAAUCACAGGGUUUCACGAGGAUCCACCUCUCAUGUUCAGUGAGGAGUAUCAGAAAGCUCUCCUGGAGAAUUAUCAUUCAGUUUUCGAUCAGAAACGAAAGGAAUAUGUGAUCGGAGAACUCAUCUGGAAUUUUGCUGACUUUAUGACCAACCAGACACCAAUAAGAGUAAUGGGGAACAAGAAAGGGAUCUUCACUCGUCAGAGACGCCCCAAAAGUGCAGCAUUUAUUUUGCGAGAGAGAUACUGGAGGAUUGCCAACGAAACCAGGCAGCAUCACCAUUCAGUGCCAAGAACCCAGUGUUUGGGAAGCAGACCAUUCACAUUCUAAAGCUAGAACUACCUCACUGCAGACAUGACCUCUGAUGAAAUAAAAGAUGUUCUCAACAGAGCAGAUGUCCCCAGACAGUUCAUGGCACCAGAGUCUUUUGACUUUGGAUUUUGUGAUCUGCUAGAAGGGGACAUUGAAAGUGACAAUAAAGUUUAUCUUGUAUGGGAAUAAUGACUUGCUAUGAAUGUCUGAGCUUAAGCUCAGUAACAUGAUGUGCUGAGAAGUGUU